UUGCAGAACAGCUCAGCGGUGCCAGUGAGCUUCAGGGUGAUGCUCGCUAGUCUCUCUCCCUUCAGACCUCAGGGUGGAGCUGACCGGGUGGCCUUUCUGCUAGACAGAUAUGCAAACUCCCAUGUCCACCCUGCUGUGGGGACUCAGAACUACAGUGGGUUGAGUGUGUUCAGUGUGGUGCCAGUAGAGGGCAGCAUUCCUCCAGGGCAGAGCCAAGAAUUCACGGUCACUUUUCAGCCUGACCACCCGUCUGUCAACUACUCUGACAAACUCACCAUAGAGCUCAUGAAUAAGAGUAAAGUGUGUGUGAUGGAGCUGAAGGGUGCAGCAUCUUCACAUAGCAUGUAUCUGUGUGGCGGAGACCCGCUGACAGCGCCUGUUGAAUCCCUGCUCCCCCCAGUCAUAACCAGUGAACCUCAGCUCACAGGUGGCAUGAUUCAAUUUCACUGUUUUCUCUCCAAUAUGCUCUUAAAUACUGGGAAAAUCUUACACUGACACUGUAAAGAUGACUAAUAUCUUGCAUACACUUUUUGUGAUUUACGCGAGCAAGGCCAGCGUAUGUGAU